CAAACUCCGCUUUUCCAAGAGGAAAUUCCUGCAAAAGGAAGGAACUAGGAGACGGCAACAGAAAAGGGACCACGUAACAAAGCAGAAAUCGUCGAGAGGAUAAACAUAUUUGCCAGAGGUACACUAUAAGACAAUAAUCAGGAAGCCGUAACCGGGGAGGGGGGGGGCCAUGCCGUGCUGAUAGCGUCACUUCCCGCCCGGCCUCGCCUCGUCCCGACAGGAAGCAUCGGCGCGACCAUGAAUCACACCCCCAGCCCCCACCUGAGCGAGCUGCCCAAAGCGGGCGGGGGCCUGCUGUCGGAGCUGCGCCUGGGCCCCGACCGCGUGCGGUCGCCGGACAGCCUGACCAACACGCCCAGCCCGCCGGGCGGCACGCCCAACUCCAGCCCGCCCCUGCUGCUGUCGCCGGGCUGCGUGGGCGGGGGCGACGGGGGCGACUGGGAGAGCCGCGAGGAGCUGCGUCUGAGGGAGCUGGAGGAGGCGCGGGCGCGCGCCGCCCAGAUGGAGAAGACCAUGCGCUGGUGGUCCGACUGCACCGCCAACUGGCGCGAGAAGUGGAGCAAGGUGCGGGCGGAGCGCAACAGGGCCCGCGACGAGGUGCGGCAGCUCAGGCAGAGGCUGGACGCCCUCACCAAGGAGCUGACGGGCGUGCGCCGCGAGCGCCAGGAGCUGUCCGCCGAGAACGAGGCCCUGCGCCUCCGCGCCUCCUCUUCCUCCUGCUCCUCCUCCUCCUCCAACGCCCCGCAGGCCCCGGAGGGCAAGCUGGGCGCUGAGCAGGAGAGGCCCGGGGAGGGGCCCGGGUCCCCCGAGCAGGAGCCCGUUCGGGACGUCAGCACCGAGAGGCCCGACCGGACCAAGGAGAUGGAGCUCCUGGACUCUCUGCUGCGCUCCAAGGCGGAGGCCCCGGAGGCGUGGGACGCCCGCAGCGGGAGCAGCCUGCGCUCGGCGCUCAGUCGGCAGGACCGCAGCCGGCUGCUCUGGGACGACAUCACCAUCCUGGAGGAGGACACCAGCAAGGUCAACGCCCUGCAGCUGCGCCUCGACGAAUCACAGAAGGUCCUGCUGAAGGAGCGCGAGGACAAGCACUCUCUGAGUAAGAGCAUCGAGAAGCUGGAGGUGGAGCUGAGCCAGUGGAAACUGAAGUACGAGGAGUUGAGCAAGACCAAGCAGGAGACACUCAAACAGCUGAACCUGUUGAAGGAGGUGCACCAGGACGAGCUGGGGCGCAUGUCAGAGGACCUGGAGGAUGAGCUGGGGGCUCGCACCAGCAUGGACAAGAAGCUGGCAGAGCUCCGAGGGGAGAUGGAGCGUCUCCAGGCAGAGAACGCUGCGGAAUGGGGGCGCAGGGAGCGUUUGGAGACGGAGAAGCUGGCUCUGGAGCGGGACAAUAAGAAGCUGCGGGCCCAGAUCGAGGACCUGGAGGAGCAGCUGGCCCGCAAACGACGGCAGGCGGCAAGCGCCCUGGACACCGACCUCAAGAGCAUCCAGAGCGAGCUGUUCGAGAGGAACAAGGAGCUGGCUGACCUGCGGCACGUGCACACCAAGGUGAAGAAGCAGUACCAGGAGAAGAUGGCGGAGCUGUCCCACGCCAACCGGCGGGUGGAGCAGCACGAGACGGAGGUGAAGAAGCUGAGGCUGCGGGUGGAGGAGCUGAAGAAGGAGCUGGGGCAGGCCGAGGACGAGCUGGACGAGGCUCACAACCAGACUAGGAAGCUGCAGAGGUCUCUGGAUGAGCAGGUGGAGCAGUCCGAGAACCUGCAGGUGCAGCUGGAACACCUGCAGUCCAGACUCCGGCGCCAGCAGAACCCGGGCCUGUUUGGGAAUUUGAGCUCGUCGCGGUUCGGGCGGGAGAACCCGGACGGGCCAGCUAGCGACCCGGACGAGGAGGAGGAGGAGCUACAGAUCCAGAUCGCCUGACGAGCAGAACCCCGCAUCAGCCGGGACGGACGGACAAGACAAACGGACACACAGACUCGACCCUACGUCGGGUUCCACUUGGGCAGGGCCCACAAACUCCUCAGCGCCCCUCCCCUCCCCCUGCCACUCCCCCUCUCCCCUCCCCUCACGCACACCAGAGAGCUGGGAAUGCUGGGAUUGAAAAUAACUCGAUCACUCCUCCCAGAAGUUCUCUCGUGUGUUGGUGCUUGAACAGCUUCCACAGAGUGAAGAGAACCCUGUCCCUUUGCCCCACCCCUCCCCACCCUGAUGGCGCACUCUGAUGAUGUCACUGCCACACCGUAGCGACACGCUCCUGUGUUCCCGUUCUCGUCGCAGGCCUGGGGCCUCCCGCACGGCCUGUGCAACAUUGCGCUUUCUUCUUCUUCUCGUGUCUUGGCUGGAAUGUGUGUUCAGUGCGGGAUUGUGGGGACUGUAGUUGAGUCACCGGGGUCAUUCAUUUGCUUGUUUAUUGGCUGCAUGGGAUGUCGAAACGAGGAAGAGAAGUGAAAAGGAAGGAUGUAGAGCUGUUGUUUCUCAGCCCUGGGGGGGGUGGGGGGUGGGGGGUGUUCCUCUGCAUCGUUCUGGACUCAUAAUCAUACCCCCCAGCCUCUUGCCCCCGUCUCUCUGCAGUAGUUACCCUCCCCAAUGCCACUCUGGGGGAGGCACCACAGGGCUAGUGGGGGCCAUUCAUCCUGUAAGCAAUAAGACUUCCCCCUGCUUCUGUUACGCGUCUGUAUGGGGACCAAACCAUCUGUACUGGGCACUGUAUAGGACGUUAUUUAUCUGUUGUUUAAUAUUGAACUGUACUGCAGUGUUUUUUGUUUUUGUAUCUAGCUCUAUAAAUGUGUAUUACCUGA